AUGCCAUCUAAAGCGAUCGCCUCUAACAAAGUGGUUAUAAAUGGGGAUGUCAUUCCGGCUACGAUCAUUUAUUCCACACACUCGGGUAAAAUAUUAGCGGUUUACGAACAUGAGGUGGUCUGCAGUAUCAGAGAUCCACGGCUUGAACGGUUGGACGUAGAAAGCUAUGAGAUCGUAUCUCCUCACGUGAUAAUGCCAGGUUUAGUAGAUUCUCAUGUCCAUCUGAAUGAGCCGGGAAGAACCGAGUGGGAGGGCUUUGCCACUGGCACGAGGGCCGCGGCUAGUGGCGGUGUUACCACUGUAGUCGAUAUGCCCUUGAAUGCAAUCCCACCAACUACCACAGUCGAAAAUCUUGACAUCAAGUUGGCAGCUGCACAGGGCCAAAUGUGGUGCGAUGUAGCGUUCUGGGGUGGCUUGGUGCCGUCAAAUUUGGACCAGCUUGUUCCACUUGUGAAAAGAGGCGUUCGCGGCUUCAAAGGAUUUACUAUGGAGUCGGGAGUAGAUGAGUUUCCCGAAAUCGACAAUCACUAUAUUAUGAAGGCCCUUGCUGCACUCAAAGACCAGAAAACAAUGCUGCUGUUUCACGCAGAACAGAGACCGUCGGAUGAUCAUCACGGCGUCAUAGAUAUUAUCGGCAGUGGUCUCGAAUUGGACCAGUUCAAAACGCUAGACGGUGGUAAAGAUCUCUCUGAAGUACAGGCCCACGCUUUGGCGGAAUCGAAAAUACUGGCCUCAGUAGAGCCCACGACUGGUCAACCAGCACAUGCCGUGUACGAUCACAACUCGACCGAAACACCUUUGAAAUCGUUGGCAAGGACUAACGACCAAAAUUUUGAUAAUAUCGAUCCUACCGCCUAUGCUCCGUACUUGGCCUCUAGGCCCGAUGUUUUUGAAACUAAUGCAAUCGGCAUGAUUAUCUCGUGUUUAUCUGAGUCUGCCAAGCGUUUCAACACUGUUCCUAAUGUUCACAUCGCACACUUAGCUACUCAAGAAGCGCUGCCCAUGCUGCAUUAUGCUCAAACUAAGUUGGGGCUUCCAAUUUCUGCUGAAACCUGCUUUCACUACCUGUCAUUUGCCGCCGAAUCGAUUCCGGCCAAAGCCACAUAUUUUAAGUGCUGUCCGCCAAUUCGCUCAGAGGCCAAUAGAUUAGGCCUCUGGAAAUCUCUCCGCGAUAAUAUAGUUGGAACAGUAGUCAGUGACCAUUCUCCGUGCACUCCAGAGUUGAAAGACUUGGCCAAAGGUGAUUUUUUGUCUGCUUGGGGCGGUAUAGCAUCUGUGGGGCUAGGUCUCUCUAUCCUAAUCACUGAAGGUGCUAAGAUGUCACCGCCAGUGAGCAUUACGGAGAUUGUAACAUGGUGCUGUGAAAACACUGCGAAACAGGUUGGGUUGCAACAUAGCAAGGGUUACUUGCGUGCAGGUCAUGAUGCGGACUUCAUUGUUCUUGACCAAUACAGUAAACGGGUUAUUUCCAACAGAGAUCUGUUGUUCAAGAACAAAUUGAGUGCUUAUGCCGGACGUGAGUUGAGGGGCCAGGUGAUAUCCACAUUUUUAAGAGGAAAACUUGCAUAUGAGAUGGAAUCGGGACCUUCGGCUAAGCCUCUAGGACAAACUCUUUUAGAGGAAAGAACUGUAUGA